GUCAUGCAGAUGUGAGCUCUCUCUUAAAGCUGAGCCCUUCACACCUCCAACUGUUGAUCGAAGCAGUCUCUCACUCUCUCUCCCUCUCGUUUAACCUUCCUAUAAAACGUUUUCACUCUCCUCCUAUCGACUCUCUCUCAUACUCCACGGACAGAGAGCAGAGAGAGAGAGAGAGAGAGAGAGAGAGUAAUGGUUUCUUUUCAAAAUUCAACGCCCCAGUCUCCGGAACAGAGGGGGGCGAUCGCUCAAGGUUUGGAGAGUCCAUCCAAAAAGAGGAAGUGGGAAGAGACGCAACCACCACGGCAUCAGCGGAGGUUAGAAGAAGCCGAAGGGCCCUUCCGGAAACGAUCAUCCUCGGAAACGACGGAAGCCACGGGGACAGUGCUCGACAUCGAGCUCCACCUCGAAACUCCUUUGCCUUGGGAGUGGCAACGAUACCUUGAUAUUCAGUCCGGACAGAUACACUUCUACAACACAAGAACACACAAGAAAACGUCAAAAGAUCCUAGAGAAACCUCGGACACGGAUCGCCCAACGAGCCCCAGUCAUCACCUGAGCUUAGAACUCGAGCUCAACCUACCUUAUAGCCACGACCAGCAAGAUGAUCAUGAGGACCUGUUGUCAAGGACAACGCGUGACCCCGGCAAUCUCUCAGAGAAGGAAUCAGGACGGCAAGUGAAAAAGGUGCGGUCAUGGUUGGGAUUACAGACGAAAAACGAAACCAAAGGAGGAGGAGGAGGAGGAGAAGAAGAAGAAGAAGAAGAGGAGGAGGAUCAUAUGAUCGCAACAGUUUGUGCGAGGUGCCACAUGCUGGUGAUGCUGUGCAAGUCGUCUCCGACAUGUCCCAACUGCAAGUUCUUGCACCCGUCCGACCAGAGCCACCGGACGCUCUUCAAGGGUCGGUGCAGCCUCCUAUGCGAGUAGUGAUGGUUUGAGACAUAUGUAUAACCCUAAGCUUUGUUUAUGAGUUAGUACUAGGUUAAACGGGGACGAUGAAUAUAUACAUUACAUAACCCAAGAAGUUUGCCCUGUGACUGUCACCUUGAGUGUAAUGAGAGAUUGAGAGAGUGAAGAAGAUAAGUGGGACUAACGCAGAUGAGUGUAAGGAUAUCUUGUCCGAUAUGAUGUGGUAUGAUACAUAAUAUUUGCGAGUACAUUUUUAUCUGUUUCCUCUCCCUUUGUCCUAGGCAAAUGAAUCGUGAAUGGACCCAAUUCAA